AUGGACAGCAGCACAAACGGCGAGACGACGAAAGAGCCGCCGUCAUCUUCUUCUCCAACUCCGCCGCCGCCGCCGCCAGCACAGACGACGUCGACGACAGCAGCGUUGACGACAACGACGAUGACGACGACGAUGUCCAUAACUAGCCUAACGACCACGAUCACGACGACGAUGACUACGACGAGCCCGACGGAUAUCUAUCAGAUGUGCCGUCUGUGCCUGAACACGCUGAAGGCGGACGAAGGCGAAUCGGUGUUCAACAACCAGGUGCCCUCGCUGCCGGAGAAAAUCUACCGUGUAUUCGGGGUACAAAUUACCGAUGCUAAAGAUUUGCCAAAUAAACUUUGCUCAAAAUGUGUGCAAAAUACUGAACAGUGUUACAGCCAUAGAGAAACAUACAAGCGUCAGGAACGUGUUUUGUUCGACAUGAUUAAAAAGCCAGCAAAUGAGGAACCUAAGAAUUCACCAAAUUCUGAAUAUGUGUACAGUCCUGCGGAUUCAAAUCACUCUUCGUCAUCAGGUGUAUCAUCUGAUCCUCGUUACAUUAAGGCCAAUAGUUCAGCUAAUAACAUGAAUAAUAGUUCUAAUUCUCCACCUUAUGAAACAAAUGCAUCUCUAGCUUCUCAUGUUGAAGUUAUUCAAGGGUGUGAUGAAAUGGCAGCAGAAGUGACAAUAGCUCAUGAUUCGGAAGAAACCGUUUCAGGGGAUGACACUAUUUGUACUGACAACAAUGCUGAGUAUGGAACAUACAAUGAUGACGAAAAUAUUAUUGUAGUUAAAACUGAACCAGACGACGAUUAUGAUGAAGAAUAUUUCAAUGGUUUGUAUAGCACUAAAAAUGACGAUGGAAGUGAAAACUAUGAACAACAAGAAGGACCAAAAGUCAUUGCUAGUGUACAAUUCCCAAUGGUAAAUGGUACAAUCGUUAAUGGUACCCAUAAAAUUGGCCAAAAGCAAUUUUCUUUGGUUAAUUGCAUUCCAACAUCCUGGGCUUCGAGUACGAGCAAAGACCGUCGUAAACAAAGUUGUCCAACUAGAGCAUUGGAAUUAAGCGGUUUCCGAACACAAGUUGCUGGCGAUGAUACUAAUUCAUCAGAUGAAGGAAAUGUUACAAAUUGGACAACUAAAAAAAUCCGUGCCAAUUCCCCUGCUGUUAUAGUGAAGCCUGCUUAUGCAUGGCCUAAUUUACAAGGCAGUGGCCAAACCCUCAUAUUUCAAACAAAAAAUCCUGAUGGUACAACUUCUGAAUUACGUCCUCAAGUUAUGCAAGUUGGUGAAUGGGCCAACAAUCAGGGUCAAUCAAAUGCUCCUACAGAUCCGUCAGAUCGCAUGGGUAUGCUGUUAUUUGCUGCUACUCAUAUUCAAGAACUAUCUACUGAGAGUGAUGAUGGUCAGUCUCCUGGCACACCCAAGGGCGCUACUGUGGUACGUGGUAAAUUAGUAUCGUCAGAACAAAAGCGCAAGAUAUAUCAGACACAAGCCACAAUUAGGCGGUAUUCAGAUGGUCAUCAAGUACAACAGCAAGUUAAAGACAUAAAUGCUUCACCAAAUAUACCCAGAAAACGUACUGCUAGGGAAUCAUCGGUUCAGAGAAUGUGCAGUAAUUGUGGAACUACAUGUUCAACAAUAUGGCGACGACUAAAUGAAGACCCAGUAUGCAAUGCCUGUGGAUUAUACUAUAAACUACAUGGAAAAAUUAGACCACCCACCAUGAGACGUGACACCAUACAUACUAGACAACGUAGAAAACGAUCAGACAACGGUAUGGACAUAAGCAUGAAUAAGAAAAAAAUCAAAAUUAAAAAAACAGAAGACAUUAAAUUAGAUGAAGAUUGCUAUGAAGUAGAACAACCGCCAUCGCCCAAUUCAGCGGCUGUUCAAACUAUAAUUGAAGAACCUGUUCAAGAUGAAACACCACUAAAUCUUGUCAGCAAAUAA